CUCUCUCUCUCUGUCAUUUUCUUCAUUCUUCACAAAAUUUUGACGAUAUAAAACAAAAGAAUGAAUUAGUUUCACCGAGUAAAAAUUCUUUUUCUAACCUCUCUCACUCCUACCCUAAUCUUAUCAGUACAUACGUGCACGUAGGCAGAAGCGCGCGCGCGCGUGCGUACGUCCUCUCUCUCUCUCUCUCUCUCUCUCUCUUUCUAUUCGUCGAGUCUACACCGACAACACAACGCGAACGUCGUCGUUUCGUUCUCUCUCCCAGAGUGCGACAGUGCAUUCUCCGAACGACGACGCACACGUGCGUCGAUAUGACGCCGUCGGGAUUCUCCUUCAUCUUUUUCUUCAUCGACAAGGAGCACCAGCAACAGCAGCACCAGCAAUAUCAUCUUUGCUAUCACUACCAUUACAGCUACUCGCAACGAUCACAGUGCAAGACUUCGAUUGGCUAUUGGUACUAAAGACGAAAGAAAGAAGCAAGGAAAAAAAGAAGGUGGCCUGCUGAUAAGGUGGCUGAACGUAACUUGCCUUUUUAACGAGAACCGUGGCUUUUAUCGUGUCCUUGACACGAGAGACGAACAGACGGAUAGAGAGAGACAGAGAGAGAGAGAGAGAGAAAGAGAGACAAUAGAAGAGACAAACGGUUUAGACGAAUAGACCGAUAAAACAAUUCUUUCUACUCUUGUGUGUUUGCAAAUCGAGCUGUUCGGUAUAUAUCCAUUCGACGUUUGAUUUUUAUUAUUAUUAUUAUUAUUAUUAUUAUUAUUAUUAUUAUUAUUAUUAUUAUAUUCGUUAAAAGAAAAAAAGGAAACACGUUGGAGCCUCUCUCUUUCUCUCUUUCUCUCUCUCUCUCUCUCUCUCUCUCUCUCUCUCUCUCUCUGUCUCUCUCUGUCUCUCUCUCUUUCUCUUUCACUCUCUGUGAGAUAAGAAGAAGGAAGAAGAAUAUCGGAGAAACUAAGUUGGAAGUUUAUAUUUAUUAACCGAGGAAAUCUUUCUUCGAGAACGGAAGAAGAAUCAUUUUCUUUGUCCUAGAAGAAAUCGUAAAACAGGAGGAGGAAGAUUUUGAUCGACAUUUGGUCGAAAAUCGAAUGUGGUGUUGUUCGUGUUGGUUAGCUAGAGAGGCAUCGGUGACACCGACGGCUACGGUAGCCCAGUCGUAUUUGGACGAUCUGGUACGUGAAAAAGUAUAUUGGAUGAAAAAGGGAGGUUGCCGGUGAUGGACAAUGAGCAGCCGCACCAGGAACUGGUCAAGUGCGUGGUCGUGGGUGACACAGCAGUCGGAAAGACCAGAUUGAUAUGUGCUAGAGCAUGCAACAAACACGUCUCUCUAUCCCAAUUGUUAACCACACACGUACCCACGGUUUGGGCUAUCGAUCAGUAUAGAAUUUAUAAAGACGUAUUAGAACGAUCGUGGGAAGUCGUGGACAACGUUAACGUAUCUUUACGUCUUUGGGAUACGUUUGGUGAUCACGAAAAGGAUCGUCGAUUUGCCUAUGGCAGAUCGGACGUCGUUUUAUUAUGUUUCUCCAUAACAAAUCCGGUUUCAUUACGGAAUUGCAAGGCAAUGUGGUAUCCAGAAAUACGUCGAUUCUGUCCUCAAACGCCAGUCCUAUUGGUCGGAUGCAAAAACGAUUUACGAUAUAUGUAUCGAGAUGAGACCUACUUGAGUUACUUCCGGGAUCGUAGUCCAUUCGUAAGGGCCACGAGAAAAAGUGAUUUGGUCAUGCCUGAUCAAGCAAGAGCGGUAGCACGAGAGUUAGGUGUAUGUUACUAUGAAACUAGUGUCUUCACUUAUUAUGGCGUCAACGAGGUAUUUGAAAACUCAAUAAGAGCCGCCCUAAUUGCAAGAAGACAGCAACGCUUUUGGAUGACGAAUUUGAAAAGGGUACAAAGGCCUUUGCUUCAGGCACCAUUUUGUCCACCGAAACCAGUACCGCCAGAAGUUUAUCUAACAGCAAGUACAUACGAGGAAAAUAUGAAAACAUUAUGGACAAAGCCAGUUCAUACCGAUGUAACAUUAAUAGCAGGCAAUUGCACCUUCCCAGCUCAUCGAUGUUUAUUAGCGGCAGCUUCGCCUGCAUUUCAUCGGCUCUUCUCGACGGAACUUGCUCAUGAACAUACACCAAGAAGUUCGAGCGAGUCUAGUAUGGUAAGCACUUUUGGCGAGGCCACAGUAGGCGAUUUUAACGACGAUACCGAAUGCCUGAUUCGCAUUGAUCAAAGCAAACCCUCAAAAGUAUGGGAACAAUUGAAAAGAAGAUCGAGCUUUCAAGUUUUACCAACGAUGGAUAAUCAAAGGAAAGCCAAUGGUGCUACGAGGGAAUUAAAUCAUCCUGCAUUUCAAAAUAUACGCGUUUGCAUGAGUGAAAAUUCAAAUGGAGUGCAACAACCUACUACAGUGGUGACUCUUUCGAAGCUCAUUACGCCCCAGGCUAUGCAGCAAUGCUUGCAGUUCAUCUACACAGGCAGCUUGGAUAAACGGUAUCACGAUCUACAAACAGCUCCUAUUGGGCUAUUACUGGAGAUCAGACAAGCAGCUGAGUUCCUUGAGCUACCGCAAUUGUUAAUGGUACUUGGAACAAUACAAACUCGUGAACAAUUUGCUAACAGUGAUCUAAAUAAUCGUUAUAAACAAGUGGUUAGACAACGGCUCGAGGAUAUUUGUCUUGAACAAGGAUUAUUCGCCGACGUUGUAUUUGAAUUGGACGACGGUAGUAUGCCAGCUCAUCGUGCUAUUCUAACUGCUCGAUGUGACGUAAUGAAAGCAAUGUUCUCCGGUGAUUUUCGUGAGAGCAGCGCCAAAAUCAUAGUUUUCCCUGGAGUUAGAGAAUACACAUUUCAUAAGUUACUUUGUUACUUGUACACGGACGAAGUACCAGCAAUUUCAUCGGCCAGAUGUUUGAAUCUUUUGGAAUUAGCUAAUAGAUUGUGUUUACCAAGAUUGGUUAAUCUUGUCGAGAGCAGAGUAAUCGAGGAUCUUAAAAGAUUAUCGCAAAACGAAGGAAACGAGGCCGUUGAAAAUUGUUUGAGAUUAUUGGAACCUUGCAAGUUACACAAUGCGGAUCAAUUAGCGGACUGGUGUAUGAAUCAUCUGUGCGUGAAUUAUAAUAAACUAUGUAAGAUGUCACCUCGUAGCGUGCGCUUACUUCAUCCAGAAAAUCAAGAAUAUUUGAACGAACAUCGAUGGCCGCCAGUGUGGUAUCUGAAAGACUACGAUUAUUAUCAAAAAUGUCUAGCCGAACAGGUUCGCGAGAACAAGCCUACCUUGAAAAGAAAUCGGAAUCAAUCGGUUUGCUUGUGUUUCUCAGGCUCAAGUAAAACUAGACGUGAGAGUACGAACAAUGGCGCCGUUAAUGGCGGCGCAUCGGCUACGUCGACUGAACAACAAGCAGCCGAACGUCCUCUUUUUGAUGCCACGACGGAAUCGGGAGAACAGGCUGUAUGACAGGAGCCUAGCGGCCAUAGCCGCUCCGUCAGAUUCGUUCUGAUAUUACCUGUGCUCUUGGUCUUCAUUUGCACCAUUUUUACCAUUUUGAUACUCCUACAGAUUUAUACUUAAGGUACGCGAGAAUUACUAAAGAAAAAUAAAAAGAAAAAUAAAAAUAAAUACCACACAUACGUAACACACGUAUAUAUACACGGAGGGCGAAGAAGAUGAAGAUGAAGAAGAGAAGAAAAAGAAAAGAAAAGAACAAAAGAGAAGAGUACACGUACGUGUAUUAACGAAUAUUAUUUUCAAAGAAGAAAAUGUUCGGCCGUUUACGAUUUAAAGCCACGUUAUUUCAAA